CUUUAAAAAGUACGUACUGUUAACAGCUGCUUCCUUUUUUCUCGCCGGUCCUUCCCCCUUGCCCCGCCCCGCCUACUCUACCCGGGCGGGAGUUGUUUCCACGAUGAAGUGAGAGAAAACCCGAGUGACCCAGUGUCUCCCGUGGUGCGAGUGAGUCGCUGCCGCUGAAGGCAAAGGCUGGGCGUGGGCCUGGGGGGCGGAAGGCAGGUGGCCCCCGGGCGCGGCCUGGAUUUGGGAGAAGAACCUGCCCCCUUUGCCUCAGCGGUGCCCGCGGCCUGGGUCGGGGCCGGGUCGUAGGGAAGGCUCCCCGGGGUGUGUGGGACCAACCCCCUGGUGUGCCAGGGGCGCCGCCUGAGCAGAGCCGCAGGGACCGCUCCAUCGAGGCCUGUGCCCCUUUCCGUGGCCACCAUGGUGCUCCUGGGCAGCAGCCUUCGCAGCCGCCUGAGGGUGAGGAUGUGGGCGCCGGGGAAGUUGGAAGUGACUCCGCUGUUUUCCCUCCUGGCUCCUUCGGGCAGCAGCUGCCCGCCCCCGGUAUACACUGUAGCUGAUCGCAGGGAAACCCUGACCCUCUCCCCGUCCUUCUCGACCGAUUUUGCACUGUUCUCUUUGCUCACCUCCAAGUGUAAUCAAUAACGGCACUGACAGCACAGCAGUAGCGAGACCGGGAGUGACUGGGGAUAAGUAGGCGCCGCAGCCAUGGGCCGGGCUGGGUGAGACCCCAUCGGGCAUUUCCGUUUCAUUCACCUUCCCUGUUCCGAGGUUUCUGGGAGGUUGUGUUGGUGGGUUUUUUCUUUAUUUUUUUCUUUUCUUUUUUUUUUUUGGUACUUGGAAAGCAAAGAUCACACUUUCCCUCCCUGUUCCCUCAUCACCCCUUUUCUAAAACAGGGUGUGGAGUCCGGAUGGAUUGCAAGGGUUGACCUGGUGUCGGCUGUGUUUUAGUGCACACUUAGGUCCUGGUCUUCGGCUUCGCGCCUCCCGUAAGGCCUUCGUUUGGCAGUGAAGCCAAAUGUAUUUUCAAAAAAAUUAGUUCAAGUAUUUUCUCCGCUUUUAUUUCCUCCCCUUCCCCCGCCCCACCCCAAACGUUGUUGUCCAGAUAUGACUGGGGAGCGCCUUUCAUUUCUCGGCCCUGUGAUGUGACGGUCUGCGGGUACUGCCAGAAGGCGCAGUUUUGGGUUUCAGUCGUGAUUUUGGCCACUCAAUCAUAUUAGCAGGGGAAAAAUGACUUGUUUCUGUUGUACUUGAGUCUUAAGAAAAAGUGCCCAUAGUUUAGCGACAGUUUCCAAAGGCUUUAGUACCACCUGCAUUUGAAAAUGGGGGACCCAAACUCCCGGAAGAAACAAGCUCUGAACAGACUCCGUGCUCAGCUUAGGAAGAAGAAAGAGUCUCUAGCUGACCAGUUUGACUUCAAGAUGUACAUCGCCUUCGUGUUCAAGGAGAAGAAGAAGAAGGCGGCCCUGUUUGAGGCGUCUGAGGUGAUCCCGGUCAUGACGAACAACUACGAGGAGAGCAUCCUGAAAGGCGUGCGCGACUCCAGCUACUCCCUGGAGAGCUCCACGGAGCUCCUGCAGCGGGACGUGGUGCAGCUGCACGCCCCGCGGUACCGCUCCAUGAGGAGGGACGUGAUCGGCUGUACUCAGGAGAUGGACUUCAUUCUCUGGCCCCGGAACGACAUCGAGAAGAUCGUCUGUCUCCUCUUCUCCAGGUGGAAGGAGUCCGACGAGCCCUUCAGGCCUGUCCAGGCUAAGUUUGAGUUUCACCACGGUGACUACGAGAAGCAGUUUCUGCACGUGCUGAGCCGCAAGGACAAGACUGGAAUUGUCGUCAACAACCCGACCCAGUCCGUGUUUCUCUUCAUCGACAGGCAGCACCUGCAGACUCCAAAAAACAAAGCUACGAUCUUCAAGUUGUGCAGCAUCUGCCUCUACCUGCCGCAGGCGCAGCUGACCCACUGGGCGGCCGGCACGGUAGAGGACCACCUCCACCCGUACACGCCCGAGUAGCGCGGCGGGCGGCCGGGCGCGGCGGCCGCCUCUCCUUGUGUUCGCACCGCUUCAUUCUGUCCGAGCGUAAAGGAAAUGGACUCACGCACAGAACACUAUGCAUUUUGAAACUUGUUCAUCCUGGAUUUUUUUAAAAAUCAUUUGUAUCUCAGAACUUUAACAAAAUUGGAUGUCUCCUGCACGGACUGAGAGAGAGAAGGUGCUCCGCGUCCUCCUGCGCUGUGCCGGCACCU